UUUACGAAACGGACAACUUUAUUCACUCGGGCUACUUGUAUUGAAGAGAAGAUGUUGAAAGUUUACCUCAUGUUGGUUUUGUCGGCGGCUGCUGCUGUUUUCGCUGAAUCGGUACGAGAAACUGAAACUUGGGUACCUCUGAAAAACAAGGCGGCCAUCGAGGACCUGGAGUCCUCCGGCAACUCACAGAAUGAAGACUUUGAGUUCACCGACUUAAACCAGACUGACGAUGAGGAUGGCUUUGAUGAAGAUGAUGAAGACGAUUACGAUGACAUGUCAGGCUCUGGGUUUGCAGAUGUGAUCGAUGAUAUUGAGGAUGAAUUUGUGAAUAACCAGAUCCCUGAUGAUAAGGGUCCAUUUGCUCCAAGGCCAACUGUCGAUGAGAAUAUUCUGGUUCAAAACAAUGAAGUUUUCUUGCGUGGAGCACCAAACCAAGACUUGGACAAUCACAGCAAUGUGCUCAUGACUCACGCUGGAGAUGAUAGCUUGUUCAACAACACAGAAGUGCUUGCAGCUGUUAUUGCGGGCGGAGCAGUUGGCCUGGUUUUCGCCAUCCUCCUCAUCAUCCUCCUCGUUCACUUCGUUCUCCGCAUCAAGAAGAAAGACGAAGGAAGUUACGACCUGGGAAAGACGCCCAUCUACAAAAAAGCUCCAACCACAGAAAUCUACGCAUGAGCAUCCGCACCCUUGCAUACCUUCUCUCUAUCUUCGAACUAUAAGCUCACACAGUGCCUCGGCUGGACUGCCGCCGCCAACCUCUCACGUACCACCAAAACCGCAGGAGGACCUCACACCAAAACUUCACUCUGACUGGACAUUUACAUCCAAACAUUAAAGUGACUCGGAGGGAUAAGCGUCUGUUGCCAAACCGCUCCAUUCAGAAGAUGUUGGUGUCUUCAUGCUCUCACACCCUUCAAGUUUAUUGCCUUUAAUCACGUGGCUCG